AUGUUAUUACUAUUGAUCUAUUUUUCAGUGGCACAGUCGGACAAAGAAGAACAACAGCUCAUGAAUAACGAACUCGUGCCAUGUACAGAAGAUCAACGAUAUUACUGUAUGAAUGGUGGCCAAUGUUACAUGUUCAAAGCCGAUCGAAAUGUUUUUCAAUGCAGAUUUGGAACAUUUACUGUCCAGACAAACGAAACUGGUGGCCAUAUUCGGUGCUUUGUUUGUCUCGACAUUCGUGAUGCUUCUGGCCCUGUCCGUGGUUUUGUGAAUGCGAAUGGGGCUUUGAGCAAUCCACUAAUCCAAGUGUCAGACGGAUCUGAUGCGCUAACACANAGACGCCCAGUGAUGCAUGAAAUGCGCUAUUUGCGACAGGAACAAAACCAAAACACCGGACGAUUACGAACACAUCGAACUUCGCUCAAUAAAGAUACACUCUUAUCCGCGGUCUUGGAGCCCGACUCCGGUGCAAUUAUUCCAUACACGACAACUCUGCAUAAGAAACCUGGUUGGAAUGUGUACGAAGAAGGUGGAUAUCCGCUGUCUGAUUUGACGCCCACGUUUGGGACCCAGAUAACGAUGCCUCCUCCAUCGAUGGAUUAUAACCUCUCUCAGCGCAGUCCACGACCCGUAGGUCGACCAGUGAUACCUCAAAUGAUUUCAUCGGUCACAGCUCAUUCGAAACCGUUCCUGUAA